AUGAUAUCCAAAAUUACUUUUCUCACCGUAAUUUUUUACUUAGCUGUCAUUGAAUUGGGCUGUAUUAGAGCUAAGAUUUGUUAUCAAUGUGACGAUUUAAAUCCAUCAAGUAAAUUGAAAUUCUAUGGUGAAAAAAUAACGAAAUGUAGUGGCGUACCAUUCGAACAAUAUGCUUCAAAAACUUCAAAAGCAUUUGGUGCUGCUGUUUUAACAUGUUUUACGCGAUUCAAUGCAUCUGGUGCUGUUAUUAAACGAGGUGCAUUUGGACUUGGUGAAACAUAUGAUAAAAACUUCAAAUGUCGAGAUCGUUUUCAUAUAUGUUGCAGAAAAGCUUUCUGUAACAAACAUACUAAAGCACCUUGUCCACCACCAGAUAAAAUAACAGCAAAGAAAGCAGUAAAAGCAUGUUAUCAAUGUAAGGGUGCUGAAGCUUGUAAAGCAGAAAAGCUUGAGGGAAGUGAAAUUCGUACAUCGGGUGCUUGGGGUGGUAGAAAUUUAUACUGUUAUACGAAAUUCGAUCCAAAGACAGGUGUCGCUGUUGCUCGUGGUGGUUUUGGAUUUGGUGAAGCAAUCGAUAAAAAUCUCAAAUGCGAUGCUAAACAUUAUUUAUGUUGCUAUGAUAACUUGUGCAACAAGCAAACAACUGGUUAUUGUGCCAAACCAAAAUAG